AUGAGCAACUUUCAACAAGGCACAAAAUUACUCAACAAGUCGCAACAUUUGAUAAAAAGUUUUCAUGUUUCUCCGUUCAUAUCACUCGUGUAUAAGAAUGAAUCGGGAGAGGUGCAACAGAACAAAGUGGCCUUCUCGAAUAUUUCUCAACAAUUUUAUGUCUGCUGUGCUGAUGAUAAAAUUAAUAUUAUUGAGUAUGCCACCGGAGAACGAUUAUACACCAUACAAGCAGAUUCAAAUGUCAAUUGCAUCUCAUUGAGCUCUGAUGAUAGAUUUCUGGCUGUGAGUUGUAAAAGUGGUCAAGUUACAAUUUAUAGCAUGAAACAAUUGAAAGCUUUGAGAACACUUCGUGUGGGUGUUUCAUCUCCGGUGAUCCAUUUAGCAUAUUCACCAGAUGAUACUUUCUUGGCAAUGGCUCAUGGAGAUGGUAGUAUUGAUAUUUACUUGACCACAGGUGAUCAAGAAGAAGAGACAACAACAUCUCAGCAACAAAACUUUACUAAAUUAUUGUUCACUAUUAGAAAACAUCAUCAAGCUCAAAUACAUUUAAUGAAAUGGAUUGAUAAUUUGUGGUUAGCUUCCUGUGGUUUGGAUGGUGUGAAAAUUGUGCAAAUUGGCAAUGAAGAGGACGAGAGUCGACCUUUCAAAAUUAUUGCCAAACUUCAUGACAAUAGAAAUGACAUCCGAGAAGUGAUUUUGUUGAAAGAAGAAGAAAGCGAGUCUGAAAGUAGGCCUGUCUACCUUUUUACAGCAGGUUAUGGAUCUCUCUAUCAAUUCACUUGGACCUCAAACGCGUUUACUCUUUCAAAGACAAUUCCAAUCAAACACUACGUGACAAGUUUAACUGAAAUCAAGACAAUAGAAAAGUCAUUCACACUCGUUGGUUGCACACCAGUGAAGAAAAAGAACAAUUUAAUUCGAGUCAAAGUGAAAAAGCCAACUGCACAAGAAAAACAAUCCAACAAGAAAAAGUCAGAUAAUUCUGAUUUAGUAGACGAAGGAGUUAAAGUUGAAUAUAUUCCAGAAAAGUCGAUCAUUGGUCUUUCUCAGCUGUUCAAAAUAUCUGACUCUGAAAUUUUUGCAGUUACCGUAGAUUCUAAUUUUGCAAUUUUCAAACAGGUGACAAAAGAUGACAACAAUAACUCUAAAGUUAAUUUAAAGAAAAAACUUGGCAAAAAAGAAGAUGUGACAGAAAUUGCCUCCUCAGGAUUAUUAUUUGAAAAGACAGGACAACGACUAGGUUUCAACGACGAUAUCCUUGACAUGGCACUUUUUACCUCACGAAACAUGUUAGCGGUUGCCACUAACUCUGAAAACAUUAUUCUGAUGAAUGUGAAGGAUGCGAACCAAGAUCCAUUCGAAAUUGUUGGUCACACUGAAAUGGUUCUUUCUAUGGACCGCUCCAAAGACAAAGAACAACGGUACUUGGUGACAGGUUCUAAGGACAAAACAGUUCGAGUUUGGGAUGUUUCCAAGUAUGGAAAUACCAAUGGUGAUGAUUUUGUCACUCCUGUCGCUGUAGGUACAAGUCACUUGAGUGGUGUGACAGCUGUUUGUGUAUCAAAUCACAAACGAAAAGUGAAUGACUCUGAUGUGGAGGACUUUUCUAUAUUCUCUGCUUCUGAUGAUGGUGUUGUCAAAAAGUGGCAACUCUCCAAUUGCAAUUUGUUAGGAACCACUGCAGAAUGUCACAAGAAAACAGUCAGUGAAAUUGCAAUUUCUCCAGAUGAUUCUUUAAUUGCCACAGCAAGUGCCGACAAGACUGCCAAAGUUUUGGAUGCUAAUGAUUUAAAGGUUGUUUUUGAAUUUCCGCACAAGAGAGCAGUUUGGUGUGUUAAAUUUUCUCCUGUUGACAAAGUAUUAGCCACUGGCUGUAGCGAUAAUAAUAUCAGAAUUUGGUCCUUAAAAACAGGAAAUUGUGUUAAAGUUUUGGAAGGACAUGACACUUCAGUGUUGAAAAUGCAAUUUUUGAAUAAUGGUUCACAAUUGAUUUCUGCAGAUGCCAAUGGCGUUGUUCGACUUUGGGUCAUUAAGACUGGAGAGUGUAUCAAAGUGUUUGGUGAUGCUCACAAAGAUAGAAUUUGGGCGAUUGCAGUGGAUCACAAAACCAAUCAACUCAUCACUGGUGGUGAAGACUCGAUCAUUAAUAUUUGGGAAGAUAAUACAGAAGAAAUUAAGGAAGAGCAACGAAAAGAAGUGGAUUUAUCAGUCAUUCAAGAUCAAGAACUUCGAAAUUUAGAAAGACAAGGAAAGAUGAAAGAUGUUUUGAAAAAGGCAAUUGAAUUGGAUCGACCAAAACUCACGUACAGCACCAUUGAGAAACUCAUCAAGACCGAUGAGAAGAAAGUUCUUGAUGCUCUCAUUUUGGAAUUACCUAAACUUCAUUUAAUGCAUCUAUUCCAAUAUUGUAUUGAUUGGAAUUCUAAUUCAAAAUUCUCUCAAAUUGCACAACUUGUUCUCAAAACAAUGUUUGAUUUACUAGAUCCAUCCUUUGUAGAUAUUGCCUAUGAAAAAUCAGUGGAUGCACUAACACUCUACAGUCAAAGACAUUUGAAACGAAUUUCAUAUUUGGAACAAAAAAGUUUCAUUUUGGAACAUGCCCUGAAUCAAAUGAAUGCUCUCACGCCUCUUCACUCCACGAGUAGUAGAAACAACAACAAUAUUGAAACUCUUAAAGAAUUAUCCAAGAAGAGAAAAGAAAUGAGUAAUAUUCACGAUGGAGAACAAUCAAAGAAAGUCACCAAACAACCUUUACAAAUCAAGACAGUUGAAGUGGUGGAUGAAGAUGUGGAAUUUUCUGAUUAUGGUGAAAUGGAUGAUGAUGCAGAGGAGGGUGAUGAUGAACAACAGGCAAUCUCUCACGAACCAUCUCUGAAAAAGGUCAAACAAUAA